GUCAUUGUGUGCAAUUUUUGUUUGUUUUUUGGAUUGUGGCAAAUUCACCAUUUGUUAUAGUUUCCACUCGGAAGCGCGCUGUUCCCCCACACUUACCACUCUCCACCACUAGAUGGCGACAGAACAGGAGUCGACAUGCCUUCCUGAAAUGUGAUGGUGUAUGUGAUUGUUCCGCACGCCAUCAUUACCCUGUAGUCUUGCAGAACAACCAUGACAGCUCAACGGGUCUAAGACGGAUCGAAGACUCAAGAACUACUCUAUGUAAGAUGAAUACAGAGGACAAGUUGGAGGGCAUGCUGCUGAAGUGCAGCAGUGGAGGAAUAGAUGGAGGAGGGCGAGUCGGGCUGGCCAGCGGAGCCGGACUGGUGGUGAUGACCCUGGGCGAACGGUCACUGGCAAACCACCCUCUCUUGGCUGAGGACGACGAUGAUGAUGAUGAUGAUGAAGACGACGAUGAAGACUUGACGGGGAGCUCGCUGGUUACUCAUGACCUGGUUCCUCCGGAGCAGCUGAUGAUGCCGGAGGACAUGACAAAGAAUGGUGGAGGAGAAGAGGAGGGAGGAGGAGGCGAGGUGGGAGUGCAUUUCCCCCUAAAACUCACCAAUAAGUUGCCCUGCUUGCUUCAUAUGCCAUUGAGCAUCAAGCAGGAGCUGAAGCUGUCUGAUCCAGCAGCCCCGAUAAAGAAGGACAAGAAAGCCACCAAGGACAUGCUGGUGUGUCCCAAGAAGAAGAAAAGGAAGCAGCAUUCACCAGCAAAGAUUCUCAGCAUCAAUGACGACGGAUCGCUGGGCAUACAGAAUCCCAAGUGUCACAUCUGUGGUCACUGUAAUGCCGCAUUCAGAACCAACUAUCAUCUGCAGAGGCACGUCUUCAUUCACACUGGUGAGAAGCCGUUUCAGUGCAGCCAAUGUGACAUGCGCUUCAUUCAGAAAUAUCUUCUCCAGAGACACGAGAAGAUCCACACUGGCGAAAAGCCUUUUCGCUGUGAUGAGUGUGGGAUGAGAUUCAUCCAGAAGUAUCACAUGGAGAGACACAAGAGAACUCACAGUGGAGAGAAGCCCUACCAAUGUGACUACUGUCACCAGUACUUCUCCAGAACAGACCGGGUCUUAAAGCACAGGCGAAUGUGUCACGAGAACAGAGAGAGGAAGGCCAACAAAGCUGCCAGUAAAACCGGACCCACGCGUGAAGCAGAUUCUUCAGGCCUCUCCAUCCUCGCAAAAGAGUGUUUGCUGCCCAAGAAGAAGCGCCAGAAGUGCGCAGACAAGAGUUCAGGCGCUUUCACCGCUGUUGAGACAGAAGGGCACGCUGUCGCUGUUGUUGAGACAGAAGAGAAGGAGGAGCAGAGAAAGAAAAAUACUGAAGGUCGACCACUCUUUGCUGUGUCCUCCAAAGUCAAACACGAGUACGUGAUGGCUGACUACUCUGUGGAACUUCCAGAAGAAGCGCCCAGCCCCCGCCAAGAAGGAGAAGUGUCUUCGGAGGACACCACUCCUCCUAGGCUGGUCCUGAAGAAGGUCCCCAAGAGGAGUCUGAAACAGUCCAGUGAACAGGCUCCUCCCUGCCUGACCACUCUCUCUUCCUUUGAGGAAAACACCAAGGUCGCGCAGUACACCUUUGAGAUCGUGGACAAGCAAGGCCUGUUGGAAGUAGAAGGCAACACGGAACUUGAAUCGGUCGAGACGCUUCAAGUGGGAUCGACAAAGCCGGCGAGCAGCACAAACUACGACGACGCCAUGCAGUUCCUCAAGAAGAAGCGUUACCUUCAGGCUACCAUGGCCAACAACAGUCGAGAUUACGGCCUGAACGCGGGCAGCAUCUCCACCCCGCCACCUGUUACACAAACCGCGGUGUCGACGGUCAUCGACGAAACUGUCCCUGCCACCAUUCUGGAGCCGCAGCCGAUCAACGCGGAAGUCAAGACAACUCACGACAAGGGCGUGCUGCCGGACGAGGUUCUUCAGACGCUGCUGGAUCACUACUCCAACAAGGCCAACGGGCAGUCGGACAUUUCUUUCAGCGUGGCCGACACGGAGGUGACGUCAAGCAUAUCCAUCAAUUCCUCCGCGGUUUCAGACGGCAGCCCCGUCGAGGGUCUCGGGGCCCCCAGCGCCCAGGCUCAGCCCGCCACCGAGAAAGUCAGCCUCUUGCAGGAAUACUCCAAAUUUCUCCAGCAAGCGCUGGAGAGGACCAGCCAGAACGACAGCUACCUGACCAGCCAGAGCCUCAGCUUGGUGUCUGAAAACCCCACGUUAGCCGGACAGCCUCUGUUCUCCACGGAGAAACAGUUUCCUUCCCCCGGCAGGUUCAAGUCAGGUAUGAGCUCCCCGCUGAGGUCAACGCUGGAGAAACCUCAUUUUGGAUUGCUGGUCGGAGACUCCCAGCAUUCGUUUUCCUUUUCGGGCGAUGACGCCACCCCUCCCUCGGCCGUGUCCCCGGCAGAGGAGGACUUCCUGGAGCAGGUGUCGCCCUCCAAAAAGACAGAGUCCUCGCCCGGAAUACUGCAGACGUUUCAGAUAAGCUCCUUCGAUCAGAACUUCAAAUCUCAUUUCCAGACGACGAGAUCUGGACCCUCCUCACAGUUCACUGUAACCAACGGACAAGUGAGUCUCCGGGGACACAGCACAGACUUCACCGAGUUCCCCUUAGUCAGAGUCACCGAGACCAGGUCUCAAAUGAACUCCUCCCCGGACGCCUCGUCCAGCGAAACCUUUGGCUGAAGGGUAAAGGAGGUUCGAAAAUUCAUUUCUGUUAAUAAUUUCAGCUGCACUUUAUCUCAUGUCUCCUGAUUUGCCAAAACAAGUCCCGUUGUAAAUGUGUGCUCUUUCUCAAAGCAUUUUCUUUAACAAACCCAUUCAUGAUCUGUUGUUUUGUUUUUUCCUAUCAAGUUCAACCUUUUUACAGAAUGGAAAUACUGAAAAUCGAUUAAUCGUGAUGAACACUUCCCCUUUAAGAAGCAACCUCGUAAUCGUGUGUGGGCGUAUUUCUUGCUCCAGAAUGUACGUUAAGAGAUUAGGCGACCAAAGUAUAAAGUGCGAGGAAAUAAUAUAAUAACAAGAGUGAAAUAUCCUUUCAUACCUUUUGCCAUAGAGUUUAUUUUGAAUGUUUUUGUCAAUCAGUUUGCCUUUGCUCAAAAGAUGAUCAAAUCACUCUUGCUGCUUAAUGCAAUAUUUCCACUUAUUUAACUGUAGGCCCUAUUUAUAUUUGCCUUCUUGCGCUUUCUGUAGCUCCCUCCCCCCCUCCGUUUAUCUGGUUAGAUUUAAGUAGAACCCCUUUUUAUCCCAGCCUCCCUAAUUCCCGUAAAAAUUCCUCACUGAAAUGAUAUGAAAUGAAUCAUAACCGAUUCUUGACUAUAUGUUGAAAUCAUGUAAAAAUCACCUAAAAUGGGUGUUGUGUUUCUACACAAUAUGUGUAAUGACUGCUACAGAAACUAUUGGGUGUUGGUCAGAUCGGAAACUGAAUAAUUUUCACAGAUUGGACCCAACUUGGUUUCUGUGAUAAAAAAAAUUUGAAAUUCUCUUUCAUAAGUUGUUUACAAUUCAUGGCUGAAUUUCUUGGCAGUGAUUUUUAGGAAUGCGACUCCAGUGCAGUAUAAACUGUGCAAUAAAAAGGCUGUGCAGUUUUAGAUCUGAAAGAUUUUCUCUUCCCCCCCAAAGGAUUUGCAUAUGAAAAAGCUGCACAUGUAAUGACUGCAGGAUAAUUCUUAUUUUAUUUUAGUAUUAUAGUGAAAUUACCCAACAGGAUUGUGCUUAAUUAUUUGCAUAACUUGCACAUUCUUCACUACACGAAAUGGAGUACUUGCUGACACGACGGAUGAGUUGCAUAAUACCUUUUACUUAAAAAAGGCAAAAAAAAGAGAUUUCUGACAACGGCCCCCGUGUCACACUUGCGUUAUAUGAAAUUACAGAUAAACCUCUUCGCUUUAGUCACUCGUAGCUGUGGUUUGAUUGUUGUUCUCCUCGGACAGCCAACAUUGAAGGUCAAAGGAAAUGAGGUGCUUAUAGUUUUCAUGUUUGAUUAGUUUUGUAUUUGUGCCUUUUCUUUCUUUCUUUUUUUUUAAUUCAAACUUUUCCUGUAAUCCUUCAUUUAUAUGCAUUUCUUUUUACACAGCCAACGCUCUAAAGGUUACUAGUUCAACUUGCACAAUGGCAACAAACGCAUAAGCUAUAUCAACCUCUUCUAUUAGUGAAAUGUUGAGCUUUGUCUAGUUUUUUUUUCCCAACUUAUUUGAUUAGUUUUAGAAGCAAGAAAUAGCUCCAGCUAUAGCUUUAAUUCAAACUAUUCUCUGAGAAAAAUGUUGAGCUUUGUCGCAGUUUGUCUAUACGAGAACUGAAUCACGUUUGAGAUAUUUGUAGUUUUGAUCACGAUCGGCUAGAAUUCAGUGGAAAGCCAGAAAUCUGUCAAGGCCUUGCUGAAAUAUGGCUGGGCGAGGUCUUUUCUGUACUUUAUCGCACUGUUGACUUUUUUCUUUCCAUCUAUACAUGUUUGUGUAACGUCAUGGGUGCUAUUGUGUUGAUCACUGUUUUUAUUAGCACCCCCCCAAUACUCCCUCUUGUUGAGUUUCUGCUGACAAUCAGGGAAGGACGGCACCCGCAUUAAUCCUGAAGUACUUUUUUCAUUUUAUCCUUAUUGAACAUUCCCUGUAGAAUGUACAGAGACAAUAUCCUGCUGUAAAUACGAUGUGUAUAUUUUUUACGUUCUGAGAAGUACUGUUAGAUCUCCGUGUCGGUUCGAGAGACGAGGCUUGUGCGAGAGACAGUUUUUGUCGGAGGAAGUCACAUUUAUCUGAUUUCAGCAUUUAUGCGCUUCAACAAAAAGUCCUUUUCACUCGCUGAAAAAAAAUUCUGAGGUUAUUACAUUACAGAUGUCAUUGAUUUUUUUAUUGGAAGAUAAUGCAGUUUGAUUGUGCAUCAUGAUGUUUUUUUUAGUGUAUAAACCUUUCUUGAAAAGCACCCAGACACUGUUCAUUUGAGUUCAAAGUAAUACCCCACCUUCUUUCCUAUCAAGUAUUUAACCUCAGUGGCCGCGAGGAGCUUGAUUUCAUGUCGGUUCAAAGCUGAUUUUGUGUAGAAUAUUACGUUUAAAUGAAUCGCUGUAUGGGUGAAAUAUUCCUUUUACCCCCCAUUUCAUUGUGAGCAGUUCUUAAAAGCACAGUGCAGACGAGAAAUUCUGCUUUGGGAAAUUGAAUACCCCAUAAAUUGUUCGUGGAGAGUUUUGAAUUCAGUGAAGCAAUUUAAAAUGCAGAACUGUCGAUGUAUAUCCGUGAACUUUCUGAGCAGCACCAUGGUAUUUUUUUUCCUUUUUAAAUUACUGUUGUCAGUAAUCUGGCCAUAAGUGUCCUUGUGUAAGCUAGAGAAAGAAGAAAAAAAAGAGUUUGUUUUGUCUAAAAAGAUCUGAAUUAUGAAUUUUUUGAUAAAAACUAUUUUUGAAACAUGUCAUCUAAUGCUACCCUCAUUUAUCCCUGUACAAGUCCUUUGUGUCAAUAUGUUCCAGGCGGGACGGAGAUCCUCCUCGAACGUGGCGAGGAAGCCUCACUACUCCACUGCGCUGGGGGGGGUCGACCUUUAUGCUCAACGGUGAGGUGUAGUUGCAUGGUCUCUAACUUUUCGGGUCGAGUGAACUUGUUUUUAUGAAUAAUGUGCAGCUUUAAUUGUAGCUGAUUGAUUUUCAGUCACGUAAUCCAUAUGAUUAGGUUUUGGGUUUUUUUGCAAAUAUAUUAUGAUUUGUAAACAAUCAGAUUUAAAAUUGUUGUUUUGAUUGUUGUGUGUCAUGUCCUUCUGAAUAAAAUGAUUCACACUA